AUGAAGCUGUGGUUGACUUUAUUGCUGCUUAUCUGUGCGACAGGUAAAAGGGACAGAAUGAUUUAUUUUCUUAACUUGUUAAUUGGGAAUAAUGUACACAGUAGCAGUGUAUUAAAUGAAAUAUGCAGAUUGGAUGUGCUUAUUCAGUCAACUAAAUUUAUGUGUUUCUACAUGACAUACAAGAGAUUAAUUUACAUUAGCUACAAGUAAGUUAAUGGUGUUAGAUUGUGUUUACCUAUUUCAUGACAUUAUUUAUUGUUAUUUUCAGGUUUCUCCAGCUCAGACAAAGUCACCCAGACCCAAAGCGAAAUAAUUGCUGCAGAGGGAAGUCUGGCUCCAUUUUACUGUAAAUAUGAAACACAAUAUAGCAACCCAGAUCUUUUCUGGUACGUGCAUCAGCCAGGCAAGGCCCCUCGUUCUAUUAUUUGGAGAACUGAAUACAGCAAGGUAGAACCGGAACCUGGUACCCGGUAUGCCUCCAAACUGGAUAAAGAAACCACCUCCAUCUACCUGAAUAUUUCUGAUGUCACAGUGUCUGACUCUGGGGUGUAUUAUUGUGCUCUGAGGCCCACAGUGUCUGUGUCUGCAGACUGCACUGUACAAGAAGCUCUGACACACGGCUGA